CAUUAAAAAUGGAGCUCACGUUCCCAUAUCUCAGACAUCGUCAAGGUCGACCGAGAGUACUCACGUGAGUAGCGAGACGAGCGAAGCAGUAAUGAAAGACGGCCAAACAAUGUCGAACACCACGAGAAUACGCGAAACGGGAGAAAGAAUCAAUGACAACGGUAAGAUGAUGUCCACAUCGAGUCGAGAAGUUGAUAGCGAGCGUACAAUCACACCUUCCAAUGUGGCUAUCAUUAAAAAUACUAAUGAUAUCAAGGGGAGUGGCGAUAAAAGUACGCGCAGCGAUUUGAAAUCAGAGAGAUCAAACAUCGAGAUAUCAACACGUUGUAAUAAGCCCGGUCAAUCCACGUGGGAUGGCACGUUUGUCUAUGAAAAACCCGCCACUCCUAAGGACAAAAAUGUCAUUGAUAAAACAGUAAGUUCGAAGAUUCAUAGCGAUACUAGAGAUAAUGAAACAAGCGUUAAAGUCACUCAAGAGACCUCGACCCAGGAGGUAUCGUUUAUCGAUCAGAAAGUAUCUUCAAGUUCAAGCAUGACUCGAGACUCGAAAAUGAUAGUCGAUGAAGAUCAACGAACGACGACUUGUCUUCAUGAUAUCACAUCGGGAAAAACCGCCACAGAUACAACAGAUUUCGCUAGUGAAAAAUAUUCGAAGGGACCAACCCGUUACUCGAAACCUGGCGAUUCGACGUGGGACGGAAGCUUCGUCGUGGAAAAAAUUACGACGCAGCCAAGAAGUCAGCGUAACGAUUCCGACGUCAACAUGUUUCAUCACGGUCACGGCGACAACGUCGCGGAAACGACGCAGAGAAGAGAUUUCAAAGAGAAGAGUACGGACGGUACAUAUGAGAAGGAGUCAUCCGAGACUAUGCGCGUCGUAAAAGGUGCUACGGAUAGCACCAGAUUCAUUUCUGAAGAACGACGAGAUGUAAGCAGAGAGACUUCGAUCCAUGUCGAUGGCACGCCAUUAAGUAAGGAUGAACACCUUGCUCGCGUAUCCAGUCCGUCGCAACGAAGACUCGGCAGACCGGGCGAAUUUAUCUACGAAAAGUCGCAAGAUGACGUAAAGAAGCAUCCUUCAGACGUCACCGUUGUCCGUAGAACGGAGAAACAUCAUGAUACCGUGGAUGUUCAAGAUGUCAGCGAAGAACAGAACAUUUCGAACGUUACUGAAUCGGUCUCCACGUCUUAUAUCGUCGAAUACGCGAUUUCCGGUGACAAGAAGAAUGUCGAGAAGGUCACGUCGGUGUCCGAGAUGAUUUUAGAGGAAGAUAGUCCUGAGGAUAAAAUUACGCGCGGCCAUGGAAGUCCGGAGAGACAAACAAAAUUUGAUACAACCUCGCGCUGUUACAAGCCCGGUCAAUCUGCUUGGGAUGGUACCUUCGUCUACGAGCGACCGGUAACACCUGAUAGUCGUCGAAAAUCGGAAGAUAAACGCACAGUAAAAACCAUCGAUAUUCGAGAUGUUACGGAAGACAAUUCGAUUAACGAAGCAGACGUCACGAGUACUUCUUACGUCGUUGAGCAUUCAUCGAGUCAGCAGAGUUUCUCGGACAUCAAGGACGCCAGUGCCAGGUCCACGAGAUACGAGACAGUCGUUUACGAGGGACGCCCUGUCGAAACGACGAUUAGAUUUGAUGGAGAUACAUCACGAAGCAAAGUUUCGACGAUGGAACGUCGGGCUAGUCCCUCUCCACGACCUAGAAGUCCGGAGAAGAUACCGAAAGAUAGAGAUCUGCGAAGUACCAAACCCGGAUCGUCAACGUGGGACGGAACUUUCGUAUUGGAAAAAUCGCAAGAGAAGAAGCGACUACCUAGUAGAGAAUCCAUUGAUAAGCUAUCAGAUAAACCUCGUCCAGCAGACAGCAAAAAGAUACCCCAUGUUGAUACAUCGAAGAAAUAUGUUAGCGAGACUACUAUCAAUCUCCGAGAUGUCAAGCAAGAUGUAUCAAGCACGUCAGAGACUAUGGAAAGUUCCGUCGUUACGGAACAAUCGAGAAUGCACGAAAGUUACACGGAUUCCUCCAAUCUUGAUUUCUCAACGACUUCCGUCGAAACUGUUACUAUUCGCGACGGUCAGCCAAUAACGACGCAUAAAACAGUAAUCAUUCAAGAAAGCCCUCAUAGCGGCGCGAAAAGGCUACCUAGUAGUGACGUAAUAACUACUACCGGCGUUAAAGAGACCACUGUUAAAAGCGAGAAGAAGGAAUCUCGCGCGGACGAUAGAAGUUACCGACCUCUAAAACCAGGAUCGUCCACAUGGGACGGAUCGUUCGUGUAUGAGAAACCAGAGGAGAGAAGACUAAGCGAUAAAAAGUCACCGAAAGAUAUACAUAGAACUGUGACUAAACAAAGUCCAAUUAAAGAACAACAGACCGACAAUGUUGAUCAUCGAACAGUUACAAUUUUGGACACAUCAAAAGAUAUAACAAGUUCUGCCGAUUAUUCUACGAGCUCUGUCACGGUUGAACAAACAUUCGUCACGGAUUCAGAGACAUACGAUUCUUCAAAUAUAUCCAAAAUUUUCAUCAAAGAAAGCGCAGCAGAUAAAGUACGUGAAACCGAUGAAAAGCCAAGACAGCUGUUUGACGGAAAACCUGAGCCAUCGCCUCGACAACGUCCGAAAGACAUUAAAGAGUCUAAACACGAAAAACCGCUAAAAAGUCCGGUGGAUAGAAUACAUCGACCGUCGAAGCCAGGCGCCUCUACCUGGGAUGGAUCGUUCGUGUAUGAGAAACCAGAAGAGAAGAGACCAGGAGAUCGAAAAGUGCCAAAAGAUAUUAAAAUUGAAGAUAAACGAAGCCCAAUUAAAGAAAAACCGAGUGACAUCGCUGAUCAUAGAACAUCUGUUACGAUACUGAACACAUCGAAGGAUGUGUCAAGUUCUACCGAUUAUUCUACGAGCUCCGUCACGGUCGAGCAAACGUACGUCACCGAUUCAAAGGCAUAUGACUCGUCAAAUAUAUCCAAAAUUUAUAUAAAAGAUAGUUCGAAGGAUAAAGUACAUCCGAUCGAUUACGAGAAAUCAAAACAGCCCUCUGACGAAAAGCCGCAAAAAAGUCUGGUAGACAGAACGCACCGACCGUCGAAGCCUGGUGCCUCCACUUGGGACGGUUCUUUCGUAUACGAAAAAGUACCGAAGAAACCGGCAGACGAACGAAAACCGAUUGAAAAAGAAAGCAAACCAGUGGAUCAGAAAGAAAAAGCGAUGCUUACUCCGAUUUCGCGAAAAUCAACGGAGACACAGAAGGACGUCACUGAGAUCAGACAUAUCGAAGAUGUCGCGGAUAUCACACAUGCGGAUAUCACGCGUACAUCCGAAAUGCUUCAGCAAUCUUAUGUAAUCGAUCAGUCUUCGAGAUUUACUUCUGAGCAAGACGUGCGCGAUGUUAAGGACGAGCGUGUCAUCACUGAAUUUACGACGGACACACGCAAGGAUGUGAGAGAUGUUACCGAAUCAACGAAGAAAUUUAUCGACAAAGAGCAGGUGACUAGCAUGGUAGCGCGGGAUGUCAUUGACAACACCCGAUUCGAUACCAUCGUUGGCCCGGCAUCCCGGUCUCCAGCGGAUUCCACGAGAAAACCAUCGCCUGAACGACCCGGUUAUCCUCGUGGAAUACCUGGUCUCAGGGAAGACGAUCGACCAAAACCAACUCCAAUUGCUGGAAAGCCCAGUCGACCUCCGCAGCGCGAAAGAAGUCCUCAGUGGCCAGUGGAUGGCAGACCUUCCGAAAUCCGACCAAAGUCACCUGAAAAGCUUCGGGAUCAUACGUCGCCGACUAGAAAACCACAGCCAGCGGCCGGCAAGCCGAGUCGAUCCGAAGAAAAGCCUACAACAUUUAGAAAACCCGAUAAAGAAUCUGAACCUUCGAAACCUAAACCUAGUCGAUUUGCCGAGAAGCCUGAAGAACCGAAGAAAUUGGAACGGGACAAGCCUAAACGAGGAGAUCAAAGUCCAGACUCUCUCGACGAGGACGUAGUCUAUCCUAAAUCAAUGCCGGUACCGGAUAUAUUGUCGAAAAUCCCUCUAAAAGAGCAGUGCAUUUGUGAGCUUUGUACUUGCGGACGUCAUCGUUGCCCGCACAAUUUGCCCCAAGAACAUUUGGAAUUCUCUUAUGAAGAACCGUUGCAUACUGUGACUUCCUAUCGCCAGGAUUACGACGAAAAACAUGUGGAAAAGCAAACAAAAUAUUAUCAUGAAGAUCAUUUACAUACAGAGGGUGAAUUUAUCGGACAGAGACGAACUGAUUAUGUGGCUACUAGGGGCGAGAGAGCGCCAGUCAGAAAACCGCAAGAUCAUCUCAAACCCGAAGGUGAAUUCGUUAGAAGACCAAAGGAAGAGGUGCCUAUAAGGGGUGAAAGGGCACUUGUAAAGAAGCCACAGGACAAUCUCAAACCGGAGGGCGAGUUUGUCGGUAAGCCUCGAGAGGAAACUUCGAAAUAUGGCGAACGAGCACCGAUUACAAAGCCGAGGGAUAACUUGAAAUUUGAAAGGGAUUUUGACACUACAACAACAACCGAGUUGGUUUUUACUGGCACUCCUGGCGAACGACCGAUCCCAAUACGUCGCAAUACUUAUACAAAGAUAGAAGGUGAUUUCACUGACGAAACGACGACGCGAUCGCAAUACAUUGAUCAUCGUAGCAUCCAACACGCUGAAAUCGUUAAACGAACGGAUAAUCUCAUCGUGGGAGAGGGUGAAUUCACGGGUACCUCUCAUAUCAAGGAAGAUUUCCAGACUCAUGUUAUUGAACGUGAACCUCAGUGGCGACCGAAGUAUCCUAAAGACACAGAUCGGUUUUACAGUAAAACAGACAUCAUUGACAGUACUACGACCUCUCAGGAACAAUUUCGAACUUUUGAUCAGGCAGAUUAUAAAAGUACCAUAGUUAUUAAAAGAGCUGAUAAUCUAAGACCCGAAGGACCUUUCGAAGCAUUGUCUCACACAAAGGAUGAUUACGUUACACCAAUAUUGCUGCGCAGGCCAGAACCACAAAAACCUAUAGAUAAUUUAAAACCUGAAGGACCAUUCGAAGGACGGCCUAAAGAUGAUUAUUCACCUAAACGCGGCGAACGUUAUGAAGUGAAACGGCCAGAAGAUAACUUACGUCCUGAAGGACCAUUCGAAGGGCGUCCUAAAGAUGACUAUGCACCUAAACGUAGCGAACGCCCUGAAGUCAAGCGACCAGAAGAUAAUUUACGUUCUGAAGGACCAUUUGAAGGACGGCCUAAGGAUGAUUUUAGGCCAACCAAAGGAGAGAGAGCUGAUGUUAAAAGACCACAGGAUAAUUUGAAAUCAGAGGGACCGUUCCAAGGACGUCCAAAAGAUGAUUUUACUCCGAAGACAGCGGAACGUCCUGAAGUGAAACGACCGAAAGACAAUUUACGACUCGAAGGCGAUUUUUCAGAUCGUCCCAAAGACCAAUAUGUACCCGGUGAGAAACGCACUCCUAUCAGACAUCUGGAUAAUUUGUAUCCUGAAGGCUACUUCGAAAGACCUAAGCCAAUACCUUACGGUCCCGGUGACAGAGCAUCUAUCGUUCGUCAUCCGGAUAAUCUAUUUCCGGAAGGAGAAUUUCCAGACAGAGAAAUCGAGCCAUUCAAACCUGCCGAACGUAGAACGCCCAUUAAACAUAUCGAUAAUCUUCGUCCAGAAGGUGACUUUGAAGGAAAACCCAAAAAUGAUUUCAGACCAACUAAAGGAGAACGUGCCGAUGUUAAACGCCCUGAAGAUAAUUUACGACCAGAAGGUCCGUUCGAGGGUCGUCCAAAAGAUGAUUAUUCACCCAAGCGUGCAGAACGUCCUGAAGUAAAACGUCCGGAAGAUAAUCUACGCCCCGAAGGCGAUUUCGAAAGACCAGAGAAAGCACCUAUUGGUCCAGCCGAAAGACGCACUCCAAUUAAACAUCCGGAUAAUCUUAGAUCCGAAGGAGAAUUCGAGCGACCUCGUCAAGAUGGUUACCGUCCGGCAGAAAAACCAGAAGUCAAAAAGCCAGUGGACAAUUUAAGACCCGAAGGUGAAUUUGAAAGACCACGUCCUGAAAAAUAUGCACCAGCUGAGAAGCGAACACCAGUAAAACAUCCAGAUAAUCUCAAAUCAGAAGGUGAAUUUGAGCGGCCUCGUCAGGAUGGUUACCGUCCGGCAGAAAAACCAGAAGUCAAAAAGCCAGUGGACAAUUUAAGGCCUGAAGGUGAAUUUGAAAGACCACGUCCUGAAAAAUAUGCACCAGCUGAGAAGCGAACACCAGUGAAACAUCCAGAUAAUCUCAAAUCAGAAGGUGAAUUUGAGCGGCCUCGUCAGGAUGGUUACCGUCCGGCAGAAAAACCAGAAGUCAAAAAGCCAGUGGACAAUUUAAGGCCUGAAGGUGAAUUUGAAAGACCACGUCCUGAAAAAUACGCUCCAGCUGAGAAACGAACACCAGUGAAACAUCAGGAUAAUCUUAAACCAGAAGGUGAAUUUAUCGGUAAACCGAAAGAAGAUUUCAUACCAACAAAAGGUGAUCGCGCUGAUGUUAAAAGACCAGCGGAUAAUUUAAGACCGGAAGGCCCAUUCGAAGGUCGACCAAAAGAUGACUAUCGACCAGUGCGUGGAGAACGUAUGGAUAUUGUUAAACACACGGACAAUUUGCGUAUGGAAGGAGAUAUAGAAACAUAUAGAUCCAGAGACGAAUAUACUGAUUUCUUAAUACGCGAAAGAACUGAAAUUACUAAAUAUCAAGAUAAUUUACGUAUGGAAGGUGAAUUCAUUGAUACAAGAACGAGAGAUGAUUUUAAAGUUGUUAAAGGCGAACGCAUGGACGUCGUUAAACAUCGUGAUAAUUUAAGACCGGAAGGUCCGUUCGAAGGUCGUCCGAAGGACGAUUAUUCACCCAAGAAAGCAGAAAGACCUGAAAUUAAAAAGCCGGAAGAUAAUUUAAAACCAGAAGGCGAUUUCGUACGUCAACCUAAGGAAGAAGCGCCUAAAAAAGGUGAGAGAGCUGACGUGAAAAAACCGAGAGACAAUUUAAGGCCGGAAGGUGAGUUCGAAAGACCGGAAAAGAAACCAAUCGGUCCAGCAGAGAAGCGUACCCCGAUUAAACAUUCUGAUAACCUAAAACCAGAGGGUGAGUUUGAGAGACCAAUACCUGAAGAAUUCAAACCUGCCGAAAGACCAAUUGUAAAGAAACCACAUGACAAUUUAAAACCGGGAGGCGAAUUUGUGUCAAGACCAAAAGAGGAGGCACCAAAGAAAGGUGAGAGAGCUGAUAUUAAAAAGCCACAAGACAAUUUGCGACCGGAGGGCGACUUCGAAAGACCGGAGAAAAAACCAAUUGGCCCUGCAGAGCGACGUUCUCCGAUUAAACAUUCUGAUAAUCUGAAGCCAGAAGGUGAAUUCGAGAGACCUAUGCCUGAAGAAUUUAGACCUGCCGAAAGACCGGUAGUAAAGAAACCACACGAUAAUUUAAAACCGGAAGGCGAAUUCGUUUCUCGACCAAAAGAAGAAAUGCCAAAAAAAGGUGACAGAGCUGAUGUUAAAAAGCCAAAGGACAAUCUCAAACCCGAGGGCGAUUUUGAAAGACCAGAAAAAGCACCUAUUGGUCCAGCGGAACGACGUACUCCGAUUAAACAUGCAGACAAUUUGAAGCCAGAAGGUGAGUUUGAACGACCGGAACAAGAAGGUUAUCGUCCAGCAGAAAAGCCAGAAGUCAAAAAACCAAUAGAUAAUCUAAGACCCGAAGGCGAUUUUGAAAGACCUCAUCCUGAAAAAUAUGUUCCAGCUGAGAAACGUACGCCAGUGAAACAUCCAGAUAAUCUUAAGCCGGAGGGUGAAUUCAUUGGUAGACCUAAAGAAGACUUUACGCCCACUAAAGGUGAUCGUGCCGAAGUUAAAAAACCAGAGGAUAAUCUGAGACCAGAGGGUCCAUUCGAAGGUCGACCGAAGGAUGAUUAUCGACCGGUGCGUGGCGAACGCAUGGACGUAGUGAAGCGCACGGAUAACUUGCGAAUGGAAGGAGAUAUAGAAACUUAUAGAUCCAGAGACGAAUAUACCGAUUUCUUAAUACGCGAAAGGACUGAAAUUACUAAAUAUCAGGAUAAUUUACGUAUGGAAGGAGAAUUUAUCGAUAUGAGAACACGAGAUGAUUUCAAAGUCGUUAAAGGCGAACGCAUGGAUGUCGUUAAGCAUCGUGACAAUUUAAAACCAGAAGGUCCAUUCGAAGGUCGUCCGAAGGACGAUUAUUCGCCUAAAAAAGCAGAGAGACCUGAAAUUAAAAAACCAGAAGAUAAUUUAAAACCAGAAGGCGAUUUCGUACGUCGGCCUAAAGAAGAAGCACCUAAAAAGGGUGAGAGAGUUGACGUGAAAAAACCGAAAGAUAAUUUGCGACCAGAGGGAGACUUCGAAAGACCGGAAAAGAAAUCAAUUGGCCCUGCUGAGCGACGUUCUCCGAUUAAACAUUCUGACAAUCUAAAACCAGAGGGUGAAUUCGAAAGACCUAAGCUUGAAGAAUUCAAGCCUGCUGAAAGACCGGUUGUAAAGAAGCCACAUGAUAAUUUGAAACCUGAAGGCAAAUUCGUAUCUAGACCGAAAGAAGAAGCACCAAAGAAAGGUGAGAGAGCUGAUGUCAGAAAACCGCAAGACAAUUUGCAACCGGAAGGAGACUUUGAAAGACCAGAAAAGAAACCGAUUGGUCCUGCUGAGCGACGUUCUCCGAUAAAACAUUCUGACAAUCUAAAAUCAGAGGGUGAAUUCGAAAGACCUAAGCCUGAAAAAUUCAAGCCUGCUGAAAGACCGAUUGUAAAGAAGCCACUCGAUAACUUGAAACCUGAAGGCGAGUUUACAUCUAGGCCAAAAGAAGAAGCGCCGAAGAAAGGUGAAAGAGCCGAUGUCAGAAAACCGCAAGAUAAUUUACGAUCAGAGGGUGACUUCGAAAGACCAGAGAAAAAACCGAUUGGUCCAGCGGAAAGAAGAACUCCAAUUAAACAUUUUGAUAAUUUAAAACCUGAGGGUGAGUUUGAGAGACCUAAGCCUGAAGAAUUCAAGCCUGCCGAAAGACCAAUUGUAAAGAAGCCACACGAUAAUUUGAAACCUGAAGGCGAGUUCGUAUCUAGGCCGAAAGAAGACGUGCCGAGAAAAGGUGACAGAGCCGAAGUUCGAAAACCGCAAGAUAAUUUACGAUCGGAGGGUGAGUUUGAAAGACCGGAGAAAAAACCAAUUGGUCCAGCGGAAAGAAGAACUCCGAUCAAGCAUGCAGAUAAUUUGAAACCAGAAGGUGAAUUUGAAAAACGUCCAAAGGAAAAGGUACCGAUCAAGGGUGAAAGGGCGGAUGUUACCAAACCAAAAGAUAAUUUACGAUCUGAAGGCGAUUUUGUGAGACCUCAGAAAUCACCGAUUGGUCCAGCAGAACGACGUACACCGAUUCGACACGAAGACAACUUGCAUCUAGAGGGUGAAUUCGUUGGUCGACCAAAAGAUGAUUUUAUUCCUAAGCGCGUCGAUCGACCAAUUCAAAAAAAGCCUAAAGAUAAUUUGAAGCCUGAAGGAGAAUUCGUAGGAAAACCCAAGGACGAUUACAAACCGACUAAAGGAGAGAGAACUGAAAUCGUAGUACAUCAAGACAAUUUGAAGAUGGAAGGCGAUAUAGAUGUUUAUCGAUCUCGAGAUGAUUACGUGACUACGUCUAAACGCGAACGUUUGGAUAUUGUUCAUCGUGAAGAUAACUUGAAGAUUGAAGGCGAAUUCGUUGAUAUUCAUCGACGAGAUGAUUAUCGAGCUACUCGUGGUGAACGUAGCGAAAUUAUUAGACAUGAAGACAACCUCUAUCCUGAGGGUGAUUUCGAACGACCAGAGAAAGCACCAAUAGGUCCUGCAGAGAGAAGAUCUCCUAUUAAACAUCCUGAUAACUUAAAGCCAGAAGGCGAUUUUGUUCAACGGCCGAAGGAAACCGUGUCUAUUAAGGGUGACCGAGCAGUCGUCAAGAAGCCGAAAGAUAAUUUGAAGCCCGAAGGUGAAUUCGAGAGACCAAUAAAAUCACCCGUUGGACCCGGCGAACGACGAUCACCCAUUAAACAUCCCGAUAAUCUUCAUCCGGAAGGAGAAUUCAUUGGCAGACCGAAGAAAGACACGCCGCUAAAAGGUGAUCGAGCAGAUGUGAAGAAGCCAAAGGAUAAUCUUCAUCCCGAAGGAGACUUCGCGAAACGUUUCCCGAAGAAAGUAGAACCGGCUGAGCGAAGAACUCCGAUCAAGCACGAGGAUAAUCUUCACCCUGAAGGAGAUUUUUACAUAGUGCCUAAGGACGAUUUUAUUCCAAAGAGAGGAGAUCGAUCGCCUGUUAAAAAACCUCAGGACAAUCUUCGUCCCGAAGGUGAAAUGAAAGUAUCUCCGAAGGAUGAUUAUAAAUACGUAAAUGGAGAUCGCGUAGAAAUACGUCGGCACGAGGAUCACCUGCGCAUGGAGGGACAAAUAGAUACUCAUCGCUCGAGAGAUGACUAUAAGAAAAUCACGAGAGUGGAGAAAGUAGAUGUUAAGAGACAUGAAGAUAAUCUCAGAAUGGAAGGCGAAUUUAUCGACGUGCGUCGCAAGGAUGAUUACGUGCACGUGGUUGGUGAACGCGUGCCGAUUAAAAAGCGUUCGGACAAUCUACGUCCGGAAGGAGAUUUCGACAGACCUCAGAAGACCGUGAUCGGGCCCGGGGAGAAAAGAACUCCAAUCAAGCACCCGGAUAAUCUGAAGCCAGAGGGUGAUUUUGAACGUAGAACUCCAGAUAAGAUUGGUCCCGGCGAACGACGCUCGCCGAUUCGUCACGCCGAUAAUUUGAAGCCAGAAGGUGAUUUCAUCGGACGCCCACGUGACGACUUCACUCCCAAAAGAGCAGAAAGAAUCGAAGUCGUAAAAAGAGAGGAUAAUCUAAAGAUGAUGGGUGAUUUCGAAGGCACAACGUCUCACAAGUCGACUUACACAAUAGUUCGUGGCGAGCGAGCGGACAUUAAGUCACACGAAGAUAACUUAAAGAUCAGCACCGGCACUAUGGAAACAAAAACAACCAGCAGAGAUACUUAUACACCUUCUAAGCAUGAACCUUCUCCCGCUAGUAAAACAGUAAAUCGUCGAAGGCACAUGGAAUCGUCUAUUUCGCUCGGUGAUGACACCACCGUGAUGACCACGACGAAUCAACGUAACUACAAUACUUACACGAAACGUACAGGAAAGGAUAUAGCUGCUAAAAUGAGUCAGAUGGAAUCUGAUACUAGGAAAACCAUGGAAUCGCAAACUUUAGCAGAUGGAACUGUCAUUACGACCGUAAAACGUACAACUACUUCUGCUCAGUCAGAUCAGAGAGCUGCCAAUGCUCAAACUGUUUCUCAUCAUCAACAAACACAACAUAUUACGGAUCGUCGUACCUCUCAACCAAUUGAUGUUUCGCCAUCUGGAUCACAACCCGUGGAUUCGCGCAAAACGACUUCUCAAUUAGUGUCUAAUCAGCAUCAUGAACAGCAUCAAAGAACUCAUUUGAGCGAGCAACAUUUGCGAUCGCAGAACGUGCAGAGUCGUCGAUCAAUCGAGGACAGAUCAUUCACAGAAGGACUAAAUCAUCGAGGGCAAAUCGUGCGAGCGGAAGAUACAUCUCGUUACGCGAUCGACGCUACACACGGCGAGCACCAUAGACAGCAGCAUCAGCAACAGCACGUCGAGCGUCAUCAUCAGGAAAUGACCAAGCGCGAUUAUGUGAACGCACAACAUAUGGAAACUCGACAAAGAUCUGCGACGAAACAGCACGAGCAGCAUACAAUCUCCACUCAGGCGCGAUAUAAUUCAAGCAGCCCGGAAUUCCGACAAUCAAUCAACGGGCAAACAAUCGUAGAACGAUCACACGCAGACUCAGCCACGAAGUUCAGUCACCACCGCAAGAACGUGAUAUCUUCUUCGUCGGCUGACAUAAACAAUGCAGUACUCCAUCGACGUGGCGUAGCUUCUUCCACCGAGGCUCUUCACACGAUCUCGUCGACGGCGGCGGACCAGCGCAAAAGUAUCUCAAACCUGGCCGAGAGCGGGCAGUACAUCAGUAAUUCGAGCCAGAGUAACGAUAGACGUAGUUUGACUUCGCUGCAUCGCAGUACUAAAGAAGUCAAUCCUUGGGCUUCUUCCAGCUAUGAACGCCCACAAAGAAUCGUUCGGCAAGAUAACCUGAGUGUCGGCGGGAAAUUCUAUUCACAAAGCGAGGCAAAAAGCUAUGGAAAUUUCUCACAAAGUACUCAAAAAGUAGAAAGAGUUCAGAGGCAAACGAACGCAUCUCACAUUAAUUUGGGUGAUGGUAGUACUGUCAGUUCUAGCAUGUAUAAAAGAGAAUACGUUCCUAGGCACAGAGGACCGUGUCCAGCUGCUCUUUUGGAAGCCAAACAGGCGCCUUUCAAACAUACCAGGGACACUCAGAAACAUAAGUUUUACAUGCCAGUCGUGUCCAACUAAAUUGGCCUAUUAAAUUUAACGUUUUAUUAAUUUUUUCAGAAAUUAUUCUAAAUGAUAAUGUUAAAGUACGAAAAUCAAAAUUUCGUUCUGUAAAGACGAUCAAAAUUAUACGCAACACAUUUA